UCUCUCUCUCAACUCAAAUCAUCUUCUCUGUUACUCUGUUCACUUGAGGCGUGGCUUUUGGCUUUCAUUACUCUCUCUUUCCUCUGUCUCACUGUGGCAGCCAUCAACAACCCAUCAAUGAAAAUGUCUGCUUUGAGCCAAAAAAAGAAGAGAAAGGGCGAUAGCGAGAGCCAGUCUUUGUCUUCAAAAUGUCUUCUCCUUGUUUUUUUCACAUGAUUAAUCAUGGACGUUGUUGCCAUUAAUACUCUCUUUCUCUUUCACUUUGUAUCCAGCUUUUGACAUCCUUUGAAGCAGACAAUAUCAUUCAUAUCCCACUGAUCGAUUCUCUUGUUUCUUCCCUCUCUACUUUUCUUUUCUUUUCUUUUUUCCUUUAUUUUAUUAAGUUUUUCACUCUAUAAAGCCAUAUGGAUAUGUGCGUUAAAUUCCCAGAAGAUUAUCGGUACCGAACCAGGAGAGAAAACCCAUCUUUCUCUUCCACUCUCCUUGACUCUAUCUACCGUUCGAUUGAUGAACCAGGCGGCAGUAAAGGAGAGGAAAAGCUGAUUUUCUGCAAAGAGGCUACCAUGGCGAAGAAGCACAGCAGUAACCGUUCGCCCAAGGAAGAAGAAAUGGCGAGCCUUCAACGUGCCUGCAUGAUCGAGAAAUGGAUGGAGAAGAAAGCCGUUGAUGAUAAGGUUGUCUUUAAUAGGCGAAAUCCCGUGGCGGGUUCUCAAAGAAACUCUCGAAACGACUUUGAUCCCAUGCUGUUGAACUCCAGCUCCACCUCUUCUGAUUCUAGUGGUGGGUUCUCAUCCUCGGAGUCGGAUUCCUUUUACGGUGCAAAAUCAAGGUCGUCGUCUUCAUCAUCAAGCCGUUACACCACUCAUAGGCCUAAGCCUAUUCGGACAACCGUCUCAGCUCCGCCGCCCGAAGUCGAAGACGGUUUCCAUGGUGCUAAACAACAAAAGCCAAAGCAUGAAGGUGGCUUCGUGAGAACAAAAUCCAAGGCGUUGAAGAUUUACAGUGACCUCAAAAAGGUUAAGCAGCCGAUAUCUCCAGGGGGUCGGCUUGCAAGCUUCCUGAACUCUCUUUUCACCGCAGGCCAAACAAAGAAGACAAAGAUUCCAGCGUCAAGGUACGAGGGAACCAAGUCAAAGUCCGACCAGGCAACACCAACGACAUGUUCAUCGGCUUCAUCGUUUUCAAGGUCAUGUUUGAGCAACAAGACUCCAUCUUCAAGAGGGAACGGUACGAAAAGGUCUGUCAGGUUUUGUCCGGUUAAUGUUAUUCUCGACGAUGAGACCAUCCGCCAUGAAAACGAUCGUCCAAUUCCAACGUCCAUAAGAUCAAAACCAACAAGCAAAGAGCUCGAGUUCCGCAUCAUGGAAGAAAACCGUCGAGUCGUGGAAGCUGCAAAGGAUCUCUUAAAGAGUUACCAUAAGAAGAAGGAAGAGUACGAUAUGAGAGAUAUGUGCACUGUGAAUGCAGCGUCAAGCGACGACGAAGACGACGACACCGCUAGUUAUGCAAGCUCCGAUCUCUUCGAAUUAAAUAAUCUGUCAGCAAUUGGAAUCGAAAGGUAUCGAGAAGAACUGCCUGUGUAUGAAACAACCCAUCUGGAUACUAAUCGAGCCAUUGCUAAUGGUUUGAUUGUGUAAUAGUAUGAUUAGCACUAAUUAACCAGUUCAACUGUUUGGGGGGUUUACAUAAAAAAGAAAUAAUAUUAAUUUGUCUUUUAGGUUCAAA